ACAGUGUAGACUGGUGUAGACACAAAUUAAGUUAGUGUGGAUAACAGCAAGUUUAUAGUUUUAAAUAAGAAAAUCCCUCAUUUUAAUCAGCAAAAAAGCCUUUCUGUUGCUAAAUUCUAACGUGCAGCUAGUAACCUAAAUCUUAAAAUGGCUUCUUCAAACGAUACUCAAGCUUUCGAUUAUCAACAAAGACGAUGGCACCAUCUAAGAAAGUUGUUGGAAAGACCUGGGCCAUUCUGUCAUCCAGAUUUCGAACCAUCCCCAGAAAUAUUGGAUUUUAUCAUGAAUUCAUGUAAAGUAUUAAUCGUCGGUGCCGGCGGGCUGGGAUGCGAGCUGCUUAAAGAUUUAUCUUUGAUGGGCUUCAGAAAAAUCCACAUAGUAGAUAUGGAUACUAUAGAACUUUCAAAUCUUAACAGACAAUUUCUUUUCCGCAAAACCGACAUUGGUUUAUCAAAAGCAAAAUGUGCAGUAGAAUUUGUCAACAAGAGGAUACCAGGUUGUGAGGCAGUUGCACAUCAUUGUGCUAUACAAGACUUAGAUGACGGAUUUUAUCGACAAUUCCAUAUUGUGGUCUGUGGCUUGGAUUCCAUUGUUGCAAGGCGCUGGUUGAAUGGGAUGCUAAUGUCUCUUCUACAGUAUAAUGAUGACAGGAGUCUUGAUCAAAGCAGUGUCAUACCCCUUGUAGAUGGUGGCACAGAGGGUUUCAAGGGUAAUGCAAGAGUGAUUCUACCCGGACUGAGUGCUUGUAUUGAAUGCACCUUAGAUUUGUAUCCACCACAAAAGACAUUUCCCCUAUGCACUAUUGCUAACACACCAAGACUGCCCGAGCACUGCAUUGAAUAUGUAAAGGUUAUACAAUGGGCUAAGGAGAACCCAUGGGGUACUGAGACUGCUUUGGAUGGGGAUGAUCCGCAGCAUGUGGCUUGGGUAUUUGAGAAAGCUCAAGAAAGAGCUACAAAAUAUGGCAUAGCCUCUGUCACAUAUAGACUUACACAGGGUGUCCUGAAAAAUAUUAUUCCAGCCGUGGCCAGCACCAAUGCUGCUAUAGCUGCUGCUUGUGCAACUGAGGUCUUCAAACUUGCCUCCUCUAGCUGUGCUAAUAUGAACAAUUAUAUGGUAUUGAACAUGUCUGAUGGUGUUUACACAUACACAUUUAAUGCAGAAAAGCAAAGUGAUUGUGUGGCUUGCAGUAAUACUACAAAGAGUAUGGAAAUUGACUCUGAUGCUACAUUACAAACAAUCUAUGAUAAACUUUGUGAAGACCGAAAUUACUUAAUGAAGAGUCCAGGAAUAACUACAGUUAUUAACGGCCGUAAUAAAACUUUAUACAUGUCUUCAGUUAAAAGUAUUGAAGAAAAAACUAGAGACAAUCUUAAAAAGAAAAUAACAGAGUUGGGAUUGUAUAAUGGAGCUGAAAUUUUGGUAGCUGAUGCAACAACACCUAGGACAGUAACUAUUAAAUUAAAACUGAUUGAAAAUAUUGAUGUUGACAUGAUGCGAUAAGGGAAUGUUGAUCUGUUUUCAUUCAUUGUUUAAAAAUCUUAUAUAUCAGUGUGU